AUGGAGGACGAGGCCGACGCGGCCGCGGAAGAGAUGGAGCUCGCCCAGUGGGCGGAGUCUGCCGGGGAGGCUAGUGGCGCCAACACCGAGGCCCCCCUUGUUGAAGACGCGGGCGACGAGUCAUCCAAAGAGGAGGUCGAGGUGAAUGAGCACCCGGCCACGGGGAGGCAGCGCAUCCUAUGGCGGGCCAGCUCUGGUGAGCCGGUCCGGCCCGGCAAGACCACGCAGCGGCAGCCGGCCCAGAAGCAGCUCAUGCGCGAGAUGAGGGCGAUGAAGGCCGUGGCAGCGAAGAAGCCGGUGAAGGCCGCGGUGGCGAAGAGGACAGCGACUGCUUCCUCCUCGUCCAAGCGGCACCGGACCCCAACUCCUUCCCCUUCUCCUUCGGACAGCUCCUUGGAGGCCGAGUUCGACCUCGGAUCUUUUAGCCCGGCGAGGAAGAGGAAGCUAGUGGAGGAGGAGGGACGUGGAGAUGGUGGCCUAGAGGGUGGCGAAGAGGGCCAAGGCCUCGACGGGCGACAAGCCCCCAGCGGGUACUGCGCGUACGCCGUUGCUGGUGGAGAGCAGCCCCCGCUUCAGGCCCGGGAAGAGAGCCUGACCAAGGACCUGGAGGAGGAGAGGCAGCUACGGAGGAAUGACACCGCCGAACACAAGGAGUACGCGGAGGGCAUAAACCGUUGGGUCAGCCGCCUCGCCGGCGUCGCCAGCAGGACCACCACGAAGCUGGCUACCAUGGGGAUGCCAAAUGCGAGGUACUCCCCGGAGCCGAACGUGAGUCCCAACGCCAAACUGACCCUAUUCUUCGAGGGCGUUCUUGGAGCCCUAGAGCAGCUCCGCUCCAACUGGGCAACUUAUCUGGCCAACGAGUCCCGGAGGCUCUACUGGGGUGCCCUGACCAAGGUGCUCUCUAAGGUGGCGUUCUAG